CAGCACCUACGCCACCGUCUACCCUACUUUGUAGCUGUCGAGCUUGUACUUUGAUUAAAACUUGGUUUAAAACGAGCAUUUAUUCACCUGUAUUCAGGUUUUUGUAGGAUCAAACACGGAUCAUGAGUUUCUUGUACCUGAGAGUUGCUGUGUUUUUCACCUUUAUACCUGUUGUACUGAAUCUGCGAGUUCUGGAUGAUGGACUCUCUCUAAACUGUACACAAAAUUUUUUUUACUUUGUUGUUAUUAAAGGUUAUAAUUUAACUGCUGGUUUGAUUUUUUUCCUCAAAGAUAACUGCAUGUAUGAUGGCUGGCUCAAGCCUUCAGAUUUCACUCCUAGUGGGCCAGAUAAUUUAACAGUGUGCAUUGAUGUAAGAAAUAAUAUGAAAGGUGAUCCGGAGCCCGUGAUUGUGGCAGAAUGGAAAGCAAAGGAUGAUGGCAGCAUACAUUUUUUGAAAGGAACAGAGUUUAGUGUGAUGAAGUCAUCUACCAAUGAACACCUGUGUGUAAAUUACAUGUUCCUCCAAAAUUUUAAGACCAUGAGAAAAACUAAUGGUGAAAAGUGGUCUUUUUCUCUGGAUAAAGUUGUGGUAGAUCUAGGCAGCAUGUAUGUAGUGACUGUCUCUAACAUUCCCAAGCCGAAUUUACAGCAUACCAGUUACAACGUCAACAAAAGUGUUGUUGUUCCAGGUAUUUGUGAAGAUCCUUUGAUGCAAAAGACCAACAUCUGUUUGGAGAGCGGAAAUACAUGGCAACCCGAUAUUACCUUGGAGAAGUCCACAGGUUUAGACAACAAGGCUAUUCUGCUUGUUGCAUUUAAACCUGGAGAGAACACACAAAAACACAAUGUGUUUGUGAAGUGCAAAAUGGUCAACCAAAUGAAGACCAUUUACAAUGAGGGCAAGACAUUACUAAAUGUAACAAAUGACCUGGAGAACUGGCCAAUGACAUGCUGCUAUUUUGAUGUUCAGAUCCAGCCAUUUUUUCUAAGGUGUGCCAAUGACUGUCUUCAAAAGUAUCAAAGUUUUAACAUAUGCACAGUAUCAUCAUCUCCUCAUGAGAAGAACUCUGUAUGUUGGAUCAUUUGUGUUGGUAUUUGCCUCCUAAUUUUUGGCAUCGGCUUUUGUGGCAUUUAUUUGAAUUGCAGGAAACCAAAGAAAGGUCAAGAAAUGCCAGCAAAAGCCCCUCUCGAGCAGCCUGUACCAAGUGGCCCUCGAUCUGUACUGAUUAUCUACUCCAGAGAUCACCCCCUAUACGCAGACAUAGUGCUGAAGCUCUGUGCCUUCCUGCGAGCCAAAUGUGGUACAGAGGUUGUGUUAGACAUACUUGACACUGCUUGGCUUGGCACCAUUGGCCAGCUACCAUGGAUUGAACAACAAAAACGACGCAUUGAGCAGUCUUCAGACAAGAUCCUGGUCCUCUGCUCCCGAGGAGUGCAGGCCAAGUGGGGGGCAAUCUGUGGCAACCCUCCCAUCCUCCUACGAGAAGAUGUUCGCUCUCCGGAGGGUGACAUACUAACCCUCGCCCUUCAGCUGAUUACACCUGAUAUGCAGCGUCCAGCUUCCUAUGGGAAGUAUUUGGAUGCAUACAUUGAUGACAUAAGCAGCGAAGGUGAUGUGCCAUCUAUGUUUGACAUUGCAGUCAAGUACAAGCUGAUGAAGCAUUUCGAAGAGCUCUACUUCCGUAUCCUUGAUAUGGAGAAAUAUCAACAGGGGAUGGUGCAUUGUUUUAAAGGCAUCGGCAAGGAUGAGUACUUCAGUUGCCCCUCAGGCAAAGCCUUGAGGGAUGCAAUAGAAACCUUCCAGGCCUACCAAAUAGAAACUCCAGACUGGUUUGAGAGUGAGUGUGUAAACAGCGAAGAGGAGGUGAGAGGAGAAACCAGUACACUUCUUGACAUCCCCAUGCUGCCAAUCUAUGAGUUACAACAGUUGUGUAAUGACGGACUUCCAAUCCUUGUGAAUGAGGUGGAAAUCCAUCAAGAGUCCCAGAGUGUUUGUGCCAUAAUUCCCCAAAUUCGAGACAAGUCCGAGGAGUCGUCUGUGAUGAUUAUUAAACCCAGGGUCCAACCAGAGCACAGCUCAGUACUUUCUUUUCACCCAACAGUAAAACCCCCUCCUGAAAUACCCAUAGUUGGUAUGAUCACAGUUGGCCCAGAAAGCUACCCUUGUCUGCUUGCUGAACCUGUACCCGUGCAACCCUUACAUCCUCCAAUUGAAUCAAGAUGGAAUGAAAUGUUUCCAAUGGGAGAACCGUCAGAUAACUGUCUGAAAACAAGCAAUGAAGGCCAGAAUCAAGUAUCCUUUGCCAUGCCUUCUGAAAAUGCUCUCCAGCAGCUGUUGGCCCUGCAACGUUUUUUAACUCCUUUUGAGAUCCCAGCACCUCCAUCAUCAAUGGAGGAUAGCUUCCAUCUAGACCAGGAGAUGGACAUGUCCCAGCCAGUGGAGAUGGAGGAAAAUGAAAUGGAGGGAGCCUCUGAGACAAGACCAUCACGAGGGUCAGAUCAGGGAUACAGUUCCAGGUAUUCCAUUGUAAGGGAAGAGCCCCAAGUCUCCACUGUGCCCAAAAAGGAAGAACUCUACCUAAACAGCCCAAUUUCUUCAGGUUUCUGCACCCAAACAAUGGAAAAUGGAUUUCGAUUGUGUUAACCAGCCUUACCAGAAAGACCAUGCUUGUUGAUAAGCAUUUAUUUAUUUUUUGCUUGGGAACAGUAUGAUUUUUUGACAGUAUGAUUUUUUUUCCUUGGGAACAGCUGGUCCACAAGCCAGACUAGGGCCAAACCAGCCUGGACCUCAUGGAAAUCCAUGAUUUUCUGAGCAUGUCUUUUCAGCAGGCUGUUGUCCGAUUUGCAAUGUGUCAUAUCAACAGCAAACAGACCAACUGAAUAAUAUUCCAGACAUGAUUAUGAAGUAAAUAAUCAACUGUUUAAUAAAUGAGUUAAAGGAACAAUGUUAACCAAUUCAGCCAUCAGAUAUGCAACCUUGCAGCUUUAUAAUAAAUGAAGAACAGGUAUGUGUGUGCCAAUACAUACUUCAAACAACAAUUUUUGAUAAGUCAAAGUAUAUAUCACAACUGAUUAGACAUUAGCACAAGGGUGUGAUCAGUUCACUUUUACAGUGGAUAAGAACAAGCACCUCGUUAAACAGCUUGAUAUUAAACAGCACAGCACACAAUUUUUAAGCUGAUGUUUAGCUACUGAACACAAGUGAAAGUAAUUUGGUUGGGCUGGUAAUGUUACAUUUUUUAUGUUUUGUAUCAUAUUGCACUAGAUUUGUUUUUCGUAUUUAUAGUUUAUCAUAUAUCAUAUCCCUCUACUGUAUGGGGCUUUAUAUGUAACAUUAUGAGUAGGCCUACAUUUCUUAAUUCAUAAAGCAGUAUUCUUUGGUAAUCAUCUGUCAUGUGCUUUUUACUAUAAUUUUCAGUAAAUCUCAGUCAAUAGGAAUUACUUGUACUUAAUUUCAUCCAA